AACCCUACUUUUUUUAUAUUUUUGGUUCCUUCUCUAGUUAUUUUUUCUGGCAUUUUCUCUCUCCUUUCUCUCUUCCCAACCAACAACUGCUAAACCGACCCUUUUGAUUUCCCUCUCUCUCCAUGAGAGUUUAGCUUCGUUUCUUUCAAGCAAGACCCAGAAACCAGAAAUCGAAAAUAUACAUGGGAAAGUAUAUAAGGAAGGCGAAGACGGCAGGGGAGGUGGCUGUAAUGGAGUUUGCACAGUCCUCCCUUGGGGUCCGUACCCGGGCUAAAACCCUAGCUCUUCAACGGCUCCAAAAAUCCCUUGCCACUCCAGCUACUGGGUCAGCUCCACUUUCAGCUGGGUCAACCGGUGGCGGGUCUUAUCUUCAGCUGAGGAGCCGCCGGCUUGAAAAGCCUCCGAUUUUGGUCCACCAGGAGUCUAAAAAACAGAGGCAGCAACAACAACAAGGUGGUAACAAGCAGGGGUCAGCGAAAAACCCUAAUUCGAGAACGCGGCUGGCUCAGGGGUCAAGUUCGGUGGGGGAAAAGAAGGGUAAGGUUGAGGUUAAAGAAGAAGAGAUUGCGCAAGGGAAUAAUGAUAGUAAUGAGAGCAAGAACAACAGUAACAACAAGGAUUGGGGUGUUGAGACGUCUUUUGGAGACAAUCUUUUGGACAUUGAUGGUAGAGAGAGGAGCACUAGGGAAUCAACCCCUUGCAGCUUAAUAAGGGACCCAGAAAGCAUAAGAACUCCUGGUUCUACUACUAGGCCUACCAGCUCAACAGAUACUAACAGGAGAGUACAGAAUUCAAUGCAAAGACACAUUCCAACUGCACAUGAAAUGGAUGAGUUCUUUGCUGGUGCAGAAGAACAGCAGCAAAGGCAAUUUGUUGAGAAGUAUAACUUUGAUCCAGUCAAUGAUAAGCCACUUCCAGGACGUUAUGAAUGGGAGAAAGUGGACCCUUAGACAGCUUUAGUGUUCCAUCAGGACUUAGUUUUCCUGCUAAUUCUCAGUUGAUCUUGAACUUAAGAUUUUUCAGCAGGAAUUAGUCUUUGCUGUAUGGGUGGUGGUUUUAUUACCAUUUUCCACCAUCCCUAAUUUACUUGUAAAGAAAGAAUUAGGACUGCUAAAAAAACUGUGUAGACUAAUGGUCUGUAACAUAACAGAGGUAAUGAGUUACACAACAAAUACAAAUCAAAGUCCUUUGUCUAACAGAUCAUUUGAGAAGGGAAAGGGAAAGAUGAAGUAGGUUUAGAGUUAGGAUCAGCAAAUUAGGUUGGUCUAUCUGGUGCAGCAAUUGCUAGAUUUUCUUUUCCUUUUGCACUGUAUUUUCCUCCCCUUUGUCUAUACUUGUACUGAUGGAACUCUAGAAACUCUUUGGAAUAAAAAGAUCCCUUUCCUCUCUCAUAUUGUCUUUUCCUCUUAACAUCUUCUAUGUUAUGCCCUGUUAAUGUUUGGCUUCUUAUCUCCAUGUGAGACAAUGCUACUUCAAUUAACCUAUGAUGAUAGAUUCAUAAUGCUGCCCGUCAUUAUGAUCUGAAGGAACUGUUGUUUAAUAAACUGAUUGGCUAUUU